CAAGCCGAGCCGGUCCUGUCUUCUUCCAGUCGAGCCGCCAAGCCUGUUUUGGCUCCUUCCACCUAAAUUUUUGGUAAUUUCCAAAUUCCCUAGCCUGCCCAGUAAUUAAAUGAGUUAAUUUGGAAAUUUAAUUAAUUUAAUUACUUUCCUCAAGAAGCAAAUUGGACCAAAUAGCUGCUGCAGCUUAGGACUUCCUCAGUAGGAACUCAUCUAGCAACAUCUCGAGGUAGAGGACGAGGUAAGGGCAAGGGCAAACUGGCGAGCGACUCGAAGUGAGACCGUGAAGGGCCAUAGGGGCUACCGCUUCCGCUUACCUUUAUUUCAGAUUUUCGCACUUGAGUUCGAGUACUUUCAUUAUUUACCAUCUUUAUGUAGAUAGGGCCCGCUUAGGGAUUUUAAACUUAACUCGUAUUUCUACAUGUUACUUUAACUAUCUUUCAUAAAUAAAUUUGCUAGAUUUCUUUGCAUUUAUUUACACCAGAUUUUAUGACUUAAACACUGAUCCUAGAUUUAGUAACCACUUCGAUUCAGCAUAAAGAGUCGGGUCGUUACAGUUGGUAUCAGAGCGCAGUGUUUUAGGUCCUGUAGACUGACUUAUGAUGUAAGUCAUUUUGUUUUGAUUUUACCUCACCCUAUGGCUAUACGGUCCUUCGUCACUCGCCAGGUAUGCCUAAAGCUUUACAAAUAUUAAGAUUAUAAUGUUGCCUGAUUAGAUUAGACUUAGAGAGAGAAUAUUGAGCUCUAGUGGUGAAAAAUUUGUUGGUGAAUUUUAGGAAGAAUGCCGCCACGUAGAGGUGCACGUCGAGGAGGUGGCAGGGGAGGCAGAGGAGCCGGUCGUGGCCAACCGGCGGAGCAACCUGCCGCGCCGCCAGUCAACCCCGACGUACCAGUCAACCCUAAUGCACCGGUCACUCAGGCGGAUCUCGCCGCAAUGGAGCAGCGUUACCAGGCCAUGCUGCAAGCUGCUCUAGCGCCGUUCCUCGCUGCUCAGCAGAACCAGGCCGCCCCUGUUCAGGACCAGCCUGUAGUCCCUCCAGCCCCUGUUCAGGACCAGCCCGUCAUCCCUCCAGCCCCGGUGGAAGCUCAGCCGGUGCCAGUACAACUGUCAGCUGAGGCCAAGCACUUGAGGGAUUUUAGGAAGUACAACCCGAAGACUUUCGACGGAUCCUUGGACAACCCCUUUAGAGCCCAGCUGUGGUUGACAUCCAUAGAGACGAUCUUCAGGUACAUGAAGUGCCCAGAAGACCAGAAGGUGCAGUGUGCAGCUUUCUGUUUGGAGGAUAGGGGGACUGCCUGGUGGGAGACUGCUGAGAGGGCGCUGGGAGGAGAUGCCAGCAAGAUCACAUGGGAGCAAUUCAGGGAGAGCUUUUAUGCUAAGUUCUUCUCUGCCAACGUGAAGCACGCCAAGCUCCAAGAGUUCCUAAACUUGGAGCAAGGCAAACUGAGCGUGGAACAGUAUGAUGCCGAGUUCGACCUGUUGUCCCGUUUUGCCCCUGAUGUGGUAAGGGAUGAGGCCGCCAGGACUGAGAGAUUUGUUAAUGGCCUCAGGUUAGACCUCCAGGGUUUUGUACGAGCUCUUCGACCAACCACUCAUGCGGAUGCUCUACGCAUAGCACUGGAUCUGAGCCUGCAUGAGAGAGCUGGUCAAUCUAAGGUUGUCGGCACAGGGUCAGCCUCGGGACAGAAGAGGAAGGCGGAGGCGCAGCCCGACGUAAUACCACAGCGGACUCCGAGGUCAGGAGGUGUCUUCCAGAGACACCGUCGGGAGCUGGCAGCAGCUGGGAGAACUUUGAGAGAGCUACCCACUUGUACUACCUGUGGGAAGGUCCAUGGAGGACAAUGUUUAGCUGGGAGUGGAGUCUGCUUCAGGUGCAGGCAGCCGGGGCACACCGCUGAUGCGUGUCCUCGGAAACCCUUAGAGACGACGCCACGUCAGCCUUCUGCUCCCCAGCAAGGGGGAGUCUUUGCCACGAACCGGCAGGAGGCCGAGCGAAUAUGCAAGAUUUCGAUGUAA